ACUGUAUGACAGCACAUGUUCUUUUCGACGGUACUCUUUGCUAUCGACCACAGACUUAUUCCACUGGCAUAACGUUCCAGCUUCAGGUUCUCCUGCCACAUAAGGGUUCACUGAGGCCUAUCAUCCUUGGAGCCGGAGGUCGAUACGACACGUUGCUGGAAGAUGAGCGUCAUGCGCAGGAUCCCAUCCCUCCAAAUCCCUUGUGUGCAGUAGGAUGCGGUCUCUCACUGGACACUGUGGCUCAGCUUUGCUGUACAAAUACUCCAGAUUUCGAAUCGAUUUGGUGCCGGGCUUUAGUCUGUUCAACUUCGGAUCAGUUCCUGAAAACGACAGCCAGAUUGGUGCAACGAUUGUGGUCACGUGGAAUACAGGCUGAUGUUCUACACGAUCCGGUUUUUCCAGUGCGAAUGAUUGAGCUUAUGGAGCACUGUAACGAGAAGAAAAUCGAAUCCUUGCUAGUGGUGCAUGGUGACGAUGAGGUGCUUGUUCGAAUUGGUGGAGCUGAUCUGGGCAAAAUGAGCAUCGACGAGGUGUUGAGCAAAUUCGAGAAUCAGACCGGCAAGGCAACAUCAGCCGUG